AUGGCGGACCCAGUCAAGCUUCGCGGCCAGCGGAAGAGUGUAGUCGUCAGGCACUUGAACUCUCUAGCACGUAACGUGGAUGAGGGAAGCAUCAGCGCUGUUACCUCACGUCUAGAAAGGCUGAGUGUGGCUUUCGAUGAACUGGAGGCUGCACAUUAUGAUUAUCACGACACGUUAGAAGAGGAGGGUACUCAGGAGGAAAGCCAAUCCUGGCUUGAUGACAUUCAGUCAAGAUAUGUUGCGGGUGUCAAAUCUGCUCGCGCUUGGCUGAGGGAGCAAACACCACCACAAUCUGAGGAAGAAGAAGGAGGUGAACAUGACAAGCAAAGUCUGCUUAACCUGAUUAGCAUUCCCAAGGUGGAGAUAGAGGUGUUCACUGGGGAUCCGCUGCAGUAUCAGACAUUUAUGGCGAUAGUUGACGAGGCAGUGCAUAAUAAAUGCUCCGAUGGUCAAGCCAGACUGACGAGGCUGCUUCAGUACAAUGGAGGGCCUGCUAAAGAUGCUAUUCGGAAUUGUGCACUGAUAGGAGGAGCCACCGGCUACAAGCAAGCCCGAGACAUCCUCGCACGACGGUUUGGCAACCCCCACCUCAUCUCACAAAGCAUCAUCAGAAGCCUGACCAGUGAUCGUACCUUGUCCACAGCGUCAGAAAUCCAGCAGUUGGCAGACGAGAUCGUGUCAGCCGGAGUAGCUCUGAAGAGGCUGGGAAUGCUAUCAGAGAUAGACUCUCAGAAGGGCAUGCUGGAAAUAAUUCAGCGCUGCCCUACUUUCAUUAAAGCCCAGUGGCGCAGGAAGGCCUUGCAAAUGAAGCUAGAGACUGAUGACUAUCCAGUUUUUAAUGACUUUGCGGACUUUAUGAGGCGUGUCGCCCUCGAGAUGAAUGACCCUGUGUAUGGGGACAAGUCAGGUUACCAAAUUCCUAGACGAGUGGGUAGUAAAGUAAAUUCUAGUCAGAACAAUAGAAGGUCACUAGUGGUGCAGGCCGAGGUAACUGGAGCAGGGCCAUCGCCCUCACCUUGCGUCUCCUGUGAGUACACAUCUCACCGGCUGCACCAGUGUGAAGACUUUAAGAGGUUGACACCAAGAAUGAGAUUUGACUUGGUUGUGAAAAAUAGAUCGUGUUUUGUAUGCUUCUCGCCCAAACAUAGGGCACCGGCGUGUAAGAUGACACCCACGUGUCAAGUUCAUGGGUGCAAAAGGAAGCACUCAAAGCUUCUGCACUUGCACUGCAGCACUGAUAUUUGUUCAGAUGUGGGGAAUGAUAGUGUUGCCAACAAGGUGGUCAGUAACGUAUGUGGGGGUACUGGUGUGAGUGUAUACAUACCUAUGGUGCCAGUGAUUGUCAAUGACAAGGUUUGUACUUGGGCCCUUCUUGACUCCGGGUCUACUGAUAGUUUUGUUUCAGCCAAAUUAACCCAAGGCUUGCGGCUCAAGGGCUCCGGUGUAAGCUGCCACCUGAGCACUUUAGGGAGCAGCCGAGAUGUUAAAUCUACCUUGGUAUCAGUAGACAUCACGUCCUCAGAAGGUCAGGUGAUAGCAUUAAAGAAUGCUAUGGUAGUUCCCAACAUUCCUGCUACACACCCAAGAGAGCCCAUCGAUAUACAAAGGUACCCUUAUCUAAAGGACUUGCCCAUUCCACACCCCACUGGUGGUGUUCAAGCUGAAGUGCUCAUUGGCAUGGAUAACGCUCACCUGCUUAUGCCACUGGAGGUUGCAUCUAGUGAUAAACCCUCUGAGCCGUUCGCAACCCGAACCCAGUUGGGUUGGUCACUGAGUGGUCCUGCAAGGGGCAGGCGAAACCGGCCUGUGGUUUCCCAUUGUAUCGGUGUGGAGCGUCAGAUCGACAAAUUAUGGGAGAUGGAGGCCCACGAUGAAGACAUCCAGGUCAUGUCAAUCACAUUUCUAUUUUAUUUCUAA